CAUUGUGACCAAACAGCGCAAAACAACACUAAGCAAAUAGAGAAGCAAGAAAGAAAACAAUAACAAUAACGAUGGUUAACUACACCCAACUGCAGGAUCAAAUUGAGAACAGAAGCACUGAGGACAUUCGCCAAAGGCAUGACCUUGUGAUCCGUUAUAUCCUGCUAUUCGCAUUCAUUGUAUUUAUUUGCGUCACCUUGAUACCCCUUUGCUUACUCAUUGCCAAUCCAAAUGGGGUGCAACAACAGCAACAAGAGGCAGACAAACAACGCUUUGUUUGCUAUUAUGAUGCAUCCAGUCUCGAGAAGCUGCGUCUGCUGGAUGUGCCCGGCACUUUGUGCACCCACAUUAACAUUGGCAUUGUGGAUUUGCUAAAUGGAACGCUCCAAUUGUCGCCGCGCCUGAAGCAGGUGCUCCAGAAUGAGACCCGUCUAUUUCGCAGUGCGCAUCCGCAGGUGAAGCUGCUGCUGUGGAUUGGUGGCUCCGAUAGUGGCCAUCAGUUUGCCGAAACUGUGAUGAAUCAUACACAUCGCAAGAUAUUCUUACGCUCCCUAAAAUCAGUUAUGCAUCAAUAUCCGCAAUUGGAUGGCAUCGAUCUGGAUUGGGAAUUUCCGCGUGCCUACGACAAUGAGCGGAUGCAUUUCGCCCAGCUGCUCCACGAGAUACGGCUCGAAUGGCGUCGCGAGAAACGCACAGACAAUCUGCUCAGCCUGGCCGUUGCGGCGCCCGAGGGAAUCGCAUUCUUUGCCUAUAACAUACGCGAGAUCAAUCUGUAUGUGGACUAUGUGAAUCUGAUGACAUAUGAUUUUCAUUUCUAUCGCGAGGAUACACCAUUUACGGGCUUGAAUGCUCCGCUGUAUGCCCGCCCCAGCGAGCGCUCCAUCAUGGGCACUUUCAACAUCAACUAUACUGCUCACUGGUGGCUCAGCAAUGGACUGGAGCCGCAUCGUUUGGUCAUCGGCUUGCCCACAUACGGCCAUUCCUUUACGCUUGUGAAUCCGUUUAAUGUGCGGAUUGGAGCACCUGCAUCUGGAUUUGGUAAAUGCGGACAAUUGGGCUUCACCACACUCUCGCAGACUUGUGAGUGUGCCAAUAAUUUCCUCGCCCCAAUCUACACAUACGACAAGGACACCUGCUCGCCGUAUCUGAGUGAAUUGCAGGAAUGGAUAUCAUAUGAGAGCAAGACGAGCAUUUCGUGCAAGGCCAACUAUGUGAAAUCUCUGAAUGUGGGUGGCCUCAUGAUCUUCUCCCUUAACACGGACGAUCUGAAGAAUAGCUGCGGCUAUAUGCCCCGCACUCCCGCAACCCUGGGCAAGCCCGUCUUUCCUUUAGCCGAAGCGGCAAGCAGCAUUCUCAGAAAUCGCCAAGACCAAGACUAAAAAGAUUAGCUGCCAAGCGAUGGUAAUCCAAAGGUAUUCCUCAAUUCCACAAUUCCAAAAAGUAAAGUCAAUGUUUAUCAAAUAACAAUUUUAAGUGAUUACGACUCCAAUUUGUACAAUUUAAUCACAUUAUGGACUUAUGCCAAAAAUUCUAUUUUCCAAAGAGUUUAACAGAAAAAUACGAGUUUUAAAUGCAAGGCAUAUAAAUUCGAACUGACGAAAAGAAGUGAAGAAAUAGUCGUAUUACUACUUAAUUGUGAGUUUUGCAAAAAUUCUUUAUUUAAAAACCAAAAAAAAAAAAACAAAUUGGUUCGAUUUACAAUUCAUAAUUUUGUCAUCUGACUGUUUUUUAAACAUACAUAUAUAUAAACAGAUAUAUAUUAGUAUAUUUAUAUUUAGUAUCGUCUAUCACUUGUUAUAUUGUUUUAUUGAUAGAUCAAAUGGGCUGUUUACUAUAUACUAUUUAAGAUUUAGUCAUAAAUGAGUUGCUUUUCGU